AUGUCCGUCAACCCUCUCCCCUCUCAGCCCUCCUCGCCGCUCGGUCGGAAUCGCAGCUCCCUCCUCUCCAAAUUUCGCUCCCAGCUCGGUCAACGGAAUCGCGGCAUCACCGAUUACUAUAUUGAACCCGACGACCCCUGGCGCUCCUAUUUCCCGGGGGACGUAAUUAGCGGCACCGUUGUCCUCACCGUCGUCCGCCCCGUUCGCAUAACACAUCUGGUGGUCUGUCUACAUGGCUUUGUCAAAGUGUUCAAGAAUACCGUGCCCCCGGGCGAGAUGGCCCCGGAUCUGGGCUUCCUGGGACCGGGGCGCGGGCGUCGCGGGCCUGAGUAUUUGGGAAACGGCUUGUCCACCCUCUUCGAGGAUGAAGUCGUCCUCUGCGGGGACGGUCGACUCAAGGAGGGCAUUUACAAAUUCCGCUUCGAGAUGUGCUUUCCCCCAUAUGCGCUACCGAGUAGCAUCAAUUUCGAACGAGGCACGAUAUCAUAUCUCCUUACAUCCACCUUGACCCGACCGACGACGAUCAACCCGACCACAACCUGCCGACGACGCGUCAACGUGCUGGAAAACAUCGAUAUUGCCCCGUUCCCCCCGCCCAGGCCGCGCGUCGUCACACUCGAGCCGAUCACCCGACGGUCCAAGUCCAAAGCCAAGGCCAAGUCAGCCGGAUCUGAUGCGCCUGAUACCUUGUCCAUUGAGCCGGGUGUUCAUGGCAAUGGCUCCGACCAUCGCCCCCCACUUAGCCCGGCGCCUAGCAAUGUCAGCUCGUCCAGCCGGCUCAGUAACAGCAGCCAGAGCUUUCAGGUGCCCAGCGACCCCAGCUCCUCCGCCAGCACCGGGAUGCGCAACAGCGAAGCCCGGAGCAUCACCCCCUCCAUGACAGAUAAAAUAAUUACGGCCAAGGCCGAGGUGCUGCGCGCCGGCGUGCUGCCAGGGGAUACGUUACCCAUCAAUGUCACGAUCAACCAUUGCAAACAGGUGCGCAGCGCGCAUGGCAUCAUCGUGACACUGUAUCGCCAAGGCCGGAUUGACCUCCAGCCCGCGAUCCCGGUGGGAAAAUCUGCCGACGGCAAGAAGCCGGUCUAUGAAGACUACUAUCCGCGGUCGCGGACCGGUCUGGGUGGUCUGACCCUAGGCAGCAGCCGGACCACGGGGGUCUUCCGCAAGGACUUGACGCAGACGUUUGCCCCGCUGGUGGUGGACCCGAUGAACCUGACCGCCCUUGUGAAGACGUCGAUCCGGAUUCCGGAGGACACGUUUCCGACCAUCACUCGCACGCCCGGGAGCAUGAUUAACUUCCGAUACUAUGUCGAGGUGGUGGUCGAUCUGCGGGGUAAGCUGACCUCGCCCGACCGGUUCCUGCCGCGGUUCAACAUGGUCUCGUCGGGGGGUAAUUUCUCGGCCAGCGGACAGGUGCUGAACCCGUCAGAUGUCAACAACAGCGUAAUCACGGCGAACUGGGCGGGCAAUAUUCUGGACACGGACCAGAUCCGGCGUGAAAAGGGGGUGGUCGCGGUGGUGUUUGAAGUGGUCAUUGGAACGCGAGAUUCGCGGCGCGGCGUGAAGCCGGUGGAGCGCAGGCCGUCGACGACGGCCCAGGUGGACCUGCAGCCGGUGCAAUCGCCGGCGGGUCCUGACGGGGAGGCGUGGUCCGGCGAGCUAAGGCUGACGCCCAAUGGCGAGGGCGAAUAUACGCCGGAGGACUACGGCUUCCCGCAGGAGGCGCCACAAUCGCCCGACUACGCGGGCCAGGAGUACGCGGGCGAACCGCAGUUCCACUCGCUCGGUGAGAUGGUGUCGACGCCGCCGGCGGACGAACCGGACGAUGAAAAGAGCCGGUUACGCCGGGCGGAGCAGACGCUGCUUCCCAGUCGGCCGCCGGACGAGGCGGGGCCGUCGGAGACGAUGCCGACGGCGCCUGUGCUCCGGGAGGACGACCACCUCCAUGACUACCACCACGUAGCAUCGCCGAGCGGGACUCCGCGGGCGGUGAUCUCUGCGGAAUCGGUGCAGACUGUGGUGGCUGGCACGGAGGGGGCGAGUGCGGAGGAUAAACAGGAGCUGGAGCGCCAGCUGUUGAUGACGGAAGCGAGUGCGCCAGAGGUAGAAGCGGGCGCGUCUGAUGCGCCGACGGCGCCGGUAUUUGCAGACGACGAGGGUGACCACCAGCUGGUGGGCAGCGCGGCGCUGGGAGACGAGUCGUUGCCGCGAUAUCAGCGGUAA